AUGCGUUUAAAUGCGAGUCACACGAUUCAAAAUUUAGAAACUUUUACGCAAUAUUUAGUAUCGGUUCAGGUAUUUAAUCCUGAAGGACCAGGUCCAAAUGCAACCGUCCUUGUUAUGACUGAUGAAGGCGAUGCUCCUCCUUCUGUCCCUCCCCCUCCCCCUUCUUUUCCCACUCCAUCUUUUUAA